CACAUCCCGUGUGCUUCUAAAUUCUUCUGAGAUAGAUAAAACCUUAGAAACUAAGUUGGGUUUUAUCUAUUUGAUCGUAUCACAUCUCUGAUCGGCUCUCUAAGAUUUCUUUUCGUUUUUAUGAAAGAUUUCAGUAGAACGGAAGGUUGGAUAUGAAAUCCUCGGAGAUUACCGUUUUCUGGAUUUGUUUGCUUCUCCUUACUUGCUCUAAUUUCACUCACGCCGACGAUUCCAAACCUAAUAAGUUCCGGGAGCGCCGGCCGACGGACGACGAGCUCGGUUAUCCGGCAAUAGAUGAGGACGCAUUGUUGAAUACACAGUGCCCUAAAAAUUUGGAGCUCAGAUGGCAAACUGAAGUUAGCUCCAGCAUAUAUGCAACUCCAUUGAUAGCCGACAUUAAUAGUGAUGGAAAGCUUGAUGUGGUGAUUCCUUCAUUUGUUCACUACCUUGAAGUUCUAGAGGGUUCUGAUGGAGACAAAAUGCCAGGUUGGCCUGCUUUUCACCAAUCAACCGUGCAUUCUAGUCCUCUCCUUUAUGAUAUUGAUAAAGAUGGCACGAGAGAAAUUGCUUUAGCUACUUACAAUGGUGAAGUGCUCUUUUUCAGGGUGUCAGGGUACAUGAUGACUGAGAGAUUGGUAGUGCCGCGUAGGAAAGUGCGUAAAGAUUGGUAUGUAGACUUGCAUUCUGAUCCAGUGGACCGUUCUCAUCCAGACGUUCAUGAUGAUUUACUAGUCCAGGAAUCUGCUGAAAUGACUUCAAUGACCCAAACAAAUAGAAGUACACCUGCAUCUAACAAUACUGUGACUACAUCAACAGAAAGGUACCUAGAUUUGGUAAAUGCAUCCAGUGUAGACACUGAAAGGAAAAUGAAUGAAAGUCAAACAGAGGAAAAUGUCAAGCUGUCUCAAGUUGCUGAUAAUUCUUCCAUAAAUACUGGGUCAGUGGGAAUGAAUAAUUCAGAGAAUAAAACAAGUGCUAGGAGACGGCUUCUGGAAGAUAAUGACUCAAAAGGGUCACAAGAAGGUGGUUCUGAGUCCAAAAAUAACAAUAAUGAGAUUUUUCAGACUGUGGAAAAUGAUGAAGGCUUAGAAGCAGAUGCAGAUGCAUCUUUUGAGUUAUUCCGUGGUACUGAUGAGUUGGCUGAUGAAUAUAGUUAUGACUAUGAUGAUUAUGUUGAUGAAUCCAUGUGGGAAGAUGAGCAGUGGACUGAAGGGGAACACAAGAAGCUGGAGGAUUUUGUGGAUAUUGAUUCACACAUCUUAAGCACUCCUGUCAUAGCUGACAUUGACAAUGAUGGGGUAUCAGAAAUGAUUGUUGCUGUUUCCUACUUCUUUGAUCAUGAGUAUUAUGACAACCCAGAGCACAUAAAGGAGCUUGGUGGUAUUGAUAUUGGAAAAUAUGUUGCUGGAGGUAUUGUUGUAUUCAAUCUUGAUACGAAGCAGGUUAAGUGGAUUACAGAGCUAGAUGUGAGUACAGAGACUGCAAACUUUCGUGCAUAUAUAUAUUCUUCUCCAACUGUUGUUGAUUUAGAUGGUGAUGGGAACUUGGACAUUCUUGUUGGAACAUCAUAUGGCUUGUUCUAUGUCUUGGAUCAUCAUGGAAAAGUCAGAGAAAAGUUUCCCCUUGAAAUGGCCGAAAUUCAAAGUUCUGUGGUUGCAGCUGAUAUUAAUGAUGAUGGCAAGAUUGAACUAGUGACAACAGAUACACAUGGAAAUGUUGCUGCUUGGACUGCACAAGGAGUUGAGAUUUGGGAAGCACAUCUGAAGAGUCUAGUCCCACAGGGUCCUGCUGUAGGUGAUGUCGAUGGAGAUGGCCAUACUGAUCUUGUGAUUCCCACUUUAUCUGGAAAUAUUUAUGUUCUUAGUGGAAAGGAUGGCUCAAUAGUUCGUCCUUAUCCAUAUCGAACUCAUGGGAGAAUAAUGAAUCAAGUUCUUCUGGUUGAUUUAAACAAACGUGGGGAGAAAAGGAAGGGACUGACGAUUGUUACUACUUCAUUUGAUGGAUAUUUGUACCUGAUAGAUGGACCCACAUCAUGUGCCGAUGUUGUUGACAUUGGUGAAACUUCAUACAGUAUGGUGUUGGCAGACAAUGUUGAUGGUGGAGACGAUCUUGAUCUCAUCGUUACAACUAUGAAUGGAAAUGUCUUCUGCUUCUCAACUCCUGCUCCACACCAUCCCCUCAAGGCAUGGAGAUCAACAAAUCAAGGAAGAAACAAUGCCGCAUACAGGUAUGACCGUGAGGGCAUUUAUGUUACACAUUCAUCAAGAGCUUUCCGUGACGAGGAAGGCAAAAACUUCUGGGUGGAGAUCGAGAUUGUAGAUAAACAUCGAUACCCAUCAGGGACUCAAGCACCUUACAACGUUACUACAACCUUGUUAGUCCCAGGUAACUACCAAGGAGAAAGAAGGAUAAUGCAAAACCAGAUUUUUAACAGGCCUGAAAGAUAUCGCAUAAAACUUCCAACAGUAGGGGUAAGGACUACAGGGACUGUUGUGGUGGAGAUGGUUGACAGGAAUGGCAUCUAUUCCUCAGAUGACUUCCCCCUCACAUUCCACAUGUAUUAUUACAAACUUCUCAAGUGGCUUCUUGUCCUUCCAAUGCUGGGGAUGUUUGGUGUGCUUGUCAUCCUGCGUCCACAGGAGGCCAUGCCCUUGCCAUCAUUCUCACGAAACACUGACUUGUAACUCCGGCUGUCUAUUAGACCUCGAACACAUGCGACGGUUAUCUAAACAUGCCAAGAACCAAAAGGUUAGUGACAUUGGUGCUAGGUUAUUUAAAAAUGAAUUUUUGAGUUUUGGGACAAUAGGAAUUGAGGAAGUUGUAACAUAGUUGAAUUUGAGUUUAUUGUUAGCUGCACAGUAGGACUGAGAAAAUUGAUGUUUGCCAACACUCAUCACUGUAUACAUUAACGUGCCACCAACCCAAAGUCAAUAUUGGGGAGAUGUUUUCUGAUUAUCAUCCACAACCAAUGUUAAUUAAGCAACAGUGAAUUCUCACCUAAUGGGGACAAAAAUCCAACAAUGGAAUCAAUUCAAUCAAGCAAGUUUCCAAGU